UAGAAAGCGGGCGGGAUCUGGAUAGGGAGCAUCAGGGAGUCGUCCCGCCCUGUGGAUCGCCCUUUACUGUUAGCUUCGGAGGACGAAGUCCUCCUGUCCUACAAGGGACACCACUAUGUCAAUGAAGGGGUCUAGGAGUUAGGGUCCCUGGGUUCUGGUUCCCCCACUUGUACGGACGUCGCGUGAUCUAGGCUCCCUUUUACCUGUGCCUCGGUUUCCCCAUCUUUACGAUACUGGAGGGUUGGAACUGCCGAGGGCUAGUCUCCAAAUCUGUAAUGGGGUGCAGAGGAGGGGGAGAUGGGGGACCUACACGUGACCUCCCCGCGCGGGGCCCCGCCUAUCCCAGAUCCAAGAGUUGCAAGCGCUCCGCGAGGACGGGCGGGGGUGGGCGGAUCCUAAGAAACCCGACCCCGCAGCCCUUGGCUGUGGCUAAGGCGCCGCGCGCGGCUCGGCGGCCGCUAGCGCUGGCGACGGCACGGGAGAAGGAUGGGGACCGCAACCCGGGCUUCGCAGAGGACCAUCGUGGAGGCGAGGGCGGUGCAGAGACUCGGCGUGUGACUUGGAGUGCAUCAGGAAAUGAUGGACGAGGGGAUGAGAGAUAGCUAACGGGGCUCUGUCUCUGCGUGCGUCCGGUCAGCGGAGGCGCACGUCGUGGGGCUGGAGAGGUUCUGUCUACAGCGGCAGCGCCGAGCUUGUCUCGGGCCAUGAGAAGCGCGCGGACCGCCCGGCCCCAGGCUGUCCUCGUGGCCGGCCGCGUCCUGCCGCGCUGAGAGCUUGGGGGCGAAGAGGGGUGUGGGCGGCCGGGCUGCGCCCGAGCGCACCGCCAUGGCAAGGGAGGAGUGCAAGGCGCUGCUGGACGCUCUCAACAAGACGACCGCAUGCUACCACCACCUGGUGCUGACCGUCGGCGGCUCGGCAGACUCGCAGAACCUGCGUGAGGAGUUGCAGAAGACGCGCCAGAAGGCGCAGGAGCUGGCGGUGGCCAUCCGCGCCCAGCUGACGGCCGCGCUACGCGACCGGGGCCUGGGCGCCGAGGAGCGCGCGGAGUUCGAGCGCCUCUGGGUGGCUUUCUCUGGCUGCCUGGACCUGCUGGAAGCCGACAUGCGGCGUGCGCUGGCCCUGGGCACCGCGUUCCCGCUGCACGCGCCGCGGCGGCCGCUGGUGCGCACCGGCGUAGCGGGCGGCUCCGCGGGCGUAGCGGCGCGCGCCCUGAGCGCCCGCAGCCUGCGGCACGAGGCGGAGCGCGACUUCGACGUGGACGACCUGCGCGAGCUGGAGCGGGAGAUCCUUCAGGUGAGCGAGAUGGUCAACGACAUGGAGAUGAAGGUCAACGUGCCCCGCUGGACCGUGCAGGCCCGCCAAACGGCGGGCGCCGAGCUCCUGUCCAGCGUCGGCGCCUCUUCGGUGGGCGUCGUGUCUGUACAGGAGCGCACCGGGCCUUGCGACAUGAGCAAGGCCCUAGCCGCCACCGUUUUCAGCGCCGUGCUGCUGGCGGCCGUGGCCCUGGCCAUCUGCGUGGCGAAGCUGAGCUGACCGACAGAAGACUCUACCCGCCGCCGCUGCUCCCUCCCCGAAGACAUCCUUCAGGAACGACUGCCACUGCCUGCACUCUGGAUGGGAGUGGGAUCUGGCAUGUUUAAGGGAAGGGGUUCUAAAGCUCUCUCUAUGUGUGUGUGUGUGUGUGUGUGUGUGUGUACACAUCUGCCUGGGCAGAACAUGGUUGCCUGGUGCUGGCCUGUGAGGAGUUAAUUUUGCGCGGGCGGCCAGGGCAUUACCGCUAAUGUAUGCAGCAGCUUUAUCCCCUAUUAAUAGAAAACCGUCCACAGUGACCCUAGAUUCCAAGUUAAUGGGUUACCGCUUGUGCAGCUGGGGCGCGUUUACAACGGAGUCUGAGUCGGAUUACCCCACCUCUACCAGUGAUUCCCACUAUCCGCGCGCAGGGGGGCAGUUUGAAAGGGGGGGUGAGGUGAAAUGAGUGGGGGUGGGGUUGUUUUGCUCUGUGUGGGUGGUGACUUUGUUUCCUGGACAAAACUGUAAGAAGAUGUAAGCAGGUUUUAUUACCUUAAUCCUUUGGGGCCUAAGUUUAGGAGAGUGUGCAGAGACAUUCAUGCAAAGUGCUAUCUCUAUGGUGCACGAUUGAGCUUCUUGGCAGAGUUUAUCCAUUAGUUACCAAAAGCAGCGGGAAGAGGUUUGGGAUGCUGACCUCCCCCCAAGUUAUGACCCUACUUAGGAAACCAGAGAAGGCAUGUGGAGCCUGCCCUCACAUGCUUGGAUCCAUUGCACACACUUGCCUAUUAAAAAGGGCUCUCCCCAGCCAGCCUGGAAGGGGCAUGAGCUUUGGUAAGGGACACAUGCUGUUUAAAGAGGCACUUUCUCCUUUGCUGGGGUUUAUUUUUUGUUCCAAAACUAGACCAGUGUUUGAUCCUCCUUUGGGGGAGGGCUGCAGAAUCCUCUUUGGAGCCCUUAAUCCUAUCUAUCCCUUGGAAUUUGCCUGCUAGCCAGUAGGAGAGCUGGCUCUGGAGGAAACUGCAUAGCUCCCUGACCCUCACACUGACCCUGAGAGGGGAAACCUCACUGUCUCAUGUCAGUUUGAGCCAGUUAGCCCUGAGACUGGGUUAGAAUGCAAAAGCUUCGGCUCAGAAUUUCAGCAGCUUUUUAAAAACAAUAACCAUUUGAAAGAAAAACCAUAUAACAUUUGUUCUGUCUUAUCAAAGCUGGGUUUUUUGGUAAAGGACAUUGACCACGAAUCCAUACGUGCCAAUGAGUCAAACAUCGUGGUCUUUACUUACAUGCUUAAGUUAGUAAAUCUACAUCUAUUAUUAAAAUAGAC